GUUGAUGGCUGUGGAGGAGUUUCAGAGGCUACCAGUAACUAUAAGACCAAGCCAUUAUGAAGACCUAAAUCUGCUAUUUGUUCAUCUACUGCAAUCUGUCACAUUCAGUAUAUGUACUCUAUGGGUUGCCAACUCCAGGAAUAUGUAGCAUGACAAAAGUAUGCUAUUCCAGAUUAAUCCAGAGGACUGUAACACACCUCUGCUCUACCUAAGAAGCUGGUAAAAAGCCCAGAGCACCCCAAACCAGCUGAUGGGAUGGAGUUUUUAUAUUCUGCCAUCAGGCAGCUAAGGAAGUUAGAUGAAGACAGUUUAACAAAACAACCUGAAGAAGUGUUUGAUGUAUUAGAAAAACUUGGUGAAGGGUCUUAUGGUAGUGUAUUCAAAGCUAUCCAUAAAGAAACUGGCCAAGUUGUUGCAAUUAAGCAAGUUCCUGUUGAGUCUGAUUUGCAGGAGAUAAUUAAAGAAAUAUCCAUAAUGCAACAGUGUGAUAGUCCUCAUGUAGUCAAAUACUAUGGCAGCUAUUUUAAGAACACUGACCUCUGGAUAGUCAUGGAAUAUUGUGGUGCCGGAUCUGUGUCUGAUAUCAUUCGACUUCGAAAUAAAACGUUGAUGGAAGAUGAAAUUGCUACAAUUAUACAAUCAACACUCAAAGGACUGGAAUAUUUGCAUUUCAUGAGGAAAAUACACCGUGACAUCAAAGCUGGCAACAUAUUACUCAAUACCGAAGGACAUGCUAAACUUGCAGAUUUUGGGGUAGCAGGCCAACUCACAGAUACCAUGGCAAAAAGAAACACUGUGAUAGGGACUCCAUUUUGGAUGGCACCAGAAGUGAUCCAAGAAAUCGGAUACAAUUGUCUAGCAGACAUCUGGUCACUUGGGAUUACAGCCAUUGAAAUGGCUGAGGGAAAGCCACCAUAUGCUGAUAUUCACCCAAUGAGGGCAAUUUUCAUGAUUCCAACAAAUCCACCUCCAACAUUCCGAAAACCAGAACUUUGGUCAGAUGAAUUCACAGAUUUUGUAAAACAGUGUCUUGUGAAGUGUCCAGAACAAAGAGCCACUGCAACACAAUUGCUUCAGCAUCCGUUUGUGAAAAGUGCCAAAGGUGUUUACAUCCUGAGAGAUCUGAUUAAUGACGCAAUGGAUAUUAAAUUGAAAAUUCAGGAAGCGCAACAACGUGAACUGUAUCAUGAUGAUGAAGAAAAUUCAGAAGAAGAUGAGCCUGAUUCUAGAACCAUGGUACGAGCAAGGGGACAGGAGACUGGUACAAUCAGAGCUUCUUGUGGAAUGAGUGAUGGUAUCAAUACCAUGAUAGAAUAUACUGACACCUUAGAGUCACAACUGGGAACAAUGGUGAUAAAUACAGAAGAUGAGGAAGAUGAGGGAACAAUGAAGAGAAGAGAUGAAACAAUGGCGUCUGUGAGACCAUCUUUCCUUGAAUAUUUUGAACAAAAAGAAAAAGAGAAUCGGAGAAACUGUGUAAGGCAGGUACCUGAAAGGUAUUCACCAGAUUGGAGAGUACCUCAGGAUGGUGACUAUGAAUUUUUGAGAAACUGGACAGUUGAAGAACUUCAAAGGAGACUUGGAGCACUUGAUCCCAUGAUGGAACAGGAGAUAGAAGAGGUUCGACAGAGAUACCAGUCAAAACGGCAGCCAAUUCUCGAUGCCAUCGAAGCAAAGAAAAGACGUCAGCAGAAUUUCUGAGGAAAGCUUGGCAGUAGAAUAGAUUUCGAUCACCCCUAACAAUAAACUGUGGUUCUACAUUUCUGUGUAAACAGAUAUCUGUGUUUGAAUAUGUUAGCAAAGCAGGGUGAUGCCUGCACCUUUCAUUUACUGUAGCACCUUUUCAAACUCAGGAAUGCCAUUGAAUGGAGUCCACAUGAACAGAUAACACUGUAGGGUUUGUUUUUUGUUUGUUUUUUUGCUAUGAAAAGUGUUUUAAAUAGAUUGCAUGUGGCUUCAGAGGAAUACUGUUUCUACUUGACAUAAUAUUGUUUUUAUGAUUCUGAGGAGCCACUGGAGAUUGACUAAAGAAUGAUGUGACUCGAUGUUACUGCUUUCUUUUUGAACAUAUGAAGUUCUUUUGUGCUGUGAUGUUUAAUAGGUCUAAGCUGCUUUGUUUCUUCAUGAAGAAAACAAAGUAGGUAAAACGUUAUCUUUUGCUGGAUUAACUUUGGUUAUGUGCAAGGAUUUUUUUAUUUGUUAUGUGCCUUCAAGUUGGUUCUGACUUAAGGAGGUUACUUUAUCAUUGAAUUUUCUUGGCAAGAUUUGUUCAGAGGAGGUUUGUCAUUGCCUAAAUGAGAGAGCAUGGCUUGCCCAAAAUCAUCCAGGGGUUUCCAUGGCUGAGUAGAGAUUUAAACCAUGCUCUCCUCUAGUCCUAGUUUUCCAUCAAACUCCUUCCAGAAAACCCACCUCCACUCAUUUUUGCCCUAUUGAUAUUUAAUAGUGCUCUAGAAAUCAUUUUAAAAAGAAAAGUGGUUCAUUGGCAAGAAUAUGCAACCUGCUCUUACAUUUGAUCAGGAAUAUACACUUUUCAUUUUAUCACUUUCAAAAGUCUCUAAAAGCCUCAUGCCUUACAUUGCUCUUUUAAAAGCGUUGUAUUUCAAGCCUGCAUUUCUUUCCUAUAUACUGUGUGUUCUGAGUGAAUUCUGAUAACUACUUCGUUAAUUUCUUGGUGUUAUAUAUAUAUAUUUCUAAUAUGAAUCCAUCACUCAAAGAAACAUGAUUCAUAAUCAAUAUAUUUUUCAGAAUUCCUUGAAGCAAAGGAAUGUCAAAGUACUUGCAACUCAGGAAAUUAGAAACUCUCUUGAGAUAAGAGGUUUAAAAUAUUUAAGGAAUUGUAAAUGUUUAUGGAGUGCUAUUUUGAGCUUCAUUUGUUUGAAGGUUGCAAGAUUAGUUUUAAAUUUGAACUGGUGUACAUUGUUUCAUUUUAUUUAGAAAGGUUAAAGACACCAGUUAAAACUUAAAAUAAAGAUCCAUUUGCCCAAAACUGUAUUUUUAAGAUGCCCCUUUGGAAAACUUACGUCCAGUUUAAUAAAGCAAUUGUCAUUGAUGACAGCAGGAACCCAGCUGAAAUAAAGGGGAAGUGUAUAAGAUCUCACUUGAUGUCUUACAUAGUUCUCAUUCUUUGGUGUUAGAUUUACGCAAGAGACUUCCAUCACAAGUUCUGUAUUGGAAUAUACUUGUGUCUAAUUGGAGUAACAUGAGGUUUCACAAGCAUUCACAUAAAUUCACUCCAUGCCAUUUAUAAAAACAAUAUAAGCCUAUUUUGAAAGAGGUAUAUGCAAAGUGGAACAACUUAUAAAUAAGCAGAUUUCUUUGUUCCUGGAAUUGUUUCCCAAAGCAUCUCUUGACUUCAGAGGAGAGCAUAGGAAGGGAGUAGGAGGUAGUUGAAAGUCACCAUUGUGUUUGCACCUUGGCUAUAAUAUACAGUUGGAUCUUGGCUAUAAUAUAUAAUUAUUCAUACUGUGACUAGAUACUAGAUUUACACCACAAUAAGAACGUGUGCAAAUACACUACACUUUCAUUGCUUAAACCUGAAGAGAUUUGCAGACACUGAACCAUAACUUGUUUUAGAUUUGUUAUGGCUGAUUUAAACCAACUAGCAUUUAUAUGUAUUAGUCUUUUGGGGCAGAAGAAGAUAAGAUCCCAGUCUAGCUUACAAUCAUCCCUGCAAAACUGUGGGGGUUAUAGAGGUAAUGAUGUGACAAGUUUAAUAAAGCAAUUGCAUUCAUGGACAGCAGGAACCCUACUGAAAUAAAUGAGAAACGUACAAGAUCUUGUCGGUUGCCUUGUGCAACAGACAUCAUAUGCCAAUAUUUAAAAUACUGUCAUGUUUUGAUUAUAUAAAAAUUUCAUAAUGACUGAAGUUGUCUAGAAAGCUGCUCAUUUGCAGAGUAACAUGCCAAAGUAGGGGUGGGCAAAGCAUGGUCCUAGAGAUGUUGGACUGCAACUCCCAUAACCUCGAAUCAAUAUAGCCAUUGGUGUAAAAUACUGAAAGUUACAGUUCAGCUAUAUUCAGUUCACGAGCCUCCGGUGGCUUAGGGAAUAAAAGCCUUGUGACUUGAAGGUUGGGUUGCUGACCUGAAGGCUGCCAGGUUCGAAUCCCAACCGGGGAGAGCGCGGAUGAGCUCCCUCUAUCAGCUCCAGCUCCAUGCGGGGACAUGAGAGAAGCCUCCCACAAGGAUGGUAAAACAUCAAAAAACAUCCAAGCGUCCCCUGGGCAACGUCCUUGCAGAUGGCCAAUUCUCUCACUCCAGAAGCAACUCCGGUUGCUCCUGACAUGAAAAAAAGCUAUAUUCGGAGGACUAUACAUUGUCCAUGAGAUCUUAUUGGCUGAAUAACUUUUUGCAUCACGUUUACUGUUGAUACAGGCUCCAUUUACAUCCCUGGAUUCUGUUCCCUUACAUUAAAUGCCAUUGUGGCAUGUACAAAAAAAGGUGCAAAGAGCAUUUAGCUAUGUGUGAAAACAAAGGUUGUUUAAAGUGGCGGAAUGAUGUCUGUGCUUAUGUACAGUGUGGCCCGGGCAUCCAUCAGAGCAUGCAAACAACUUCAGUGUAACAUGAGAGUGCUUUAGCAAGGAAUAUCUGCCUUUACUAUUUCAUAUGUUCAGAUAGUUCUCUCCCUUUUAAUAGCAGCAAAAGACCCAUAUUUAAUGUGUCUUGUUUUGAACUAUUUCCUCUGUCAGAUUUCUAAUUACAUGAAACCGCAUCUCAGUCCCAAACCAGGAUCUGUAUCUUUGUAGUGUGGCAUUUGCAACCAACCCUUCUCCUCUGAAAAAUGAAAUACAGUCUAAGAUUCCUUCCAUUGUAGCCCAGCAUGAACAAACCAGCAUUAGUCAUUUCUGUUACCUCAGUCAAAUGAAGAGACUCCAGCUCUCAUUUCAGAUUCUUUACAGGAAUAUAUAAGCUUUUUUGUCAUUCAGAUUGUAAUUUUAGGAAACUUCUCCUGAAGGAAUGUUCAAUACAAACAGUAUUAGAGGGAAAUAUUCCUCCAGCUGGGAAAUAAAAUUCACAUGGUUAGUGGGUCCAUAUUUGCAGCUUGAAGUAUUCCAAAUAAGCUGCCACCUUUUCUUUUUUGCAGCCUUAAAUCAAACGUCUGGUGUCAGUUCAAUGAGAGACGUAAUGUGAAUUUAAUAGCUUUAAUGUUUUGUAAUAUAAGUAGCAUCUAAUACCAAUGUAACUUGAAAUUCUCUUUUUUAGAGAUCUGACUGUUUUGUAUAUAAUAGUAUGAUCUUGGUUUGUGUAUAUAUGAGUGUAAUUUUAUUACAUACCCUUUUUCAGUUUGAUACAAUAUUUUCUUUUUUUGCUUUGUGUUUAAUGUUUUGUAUUAUUUGUUUAACAGUAACAAAUAAAUUGUUCUGACAAUUGAAA